AUGAUAGCAAUUGCAACAGCAACAUCAGGUGUUGCUGCUUYGAUAAUGCCAGGAGGACGAACCGCUCAUUCUAGAUUUAAUAUACCACUACAGGCAAAUGAAUCAUCUAUGUGCAAUAUUUCUAAGCAGAGUAAUAGGGCAGAGUUGGUUAGACAAGCAAAACUCAUUAUUUGGGAUGAAGCACCURKGGCAAAAAAGGUAACAAUAGAAGCUGUUGAUAGAACAUUUCAAGAUAUAAUGGAAAAUUCAAAACCAUUUGGUGGAAAGGUUAUUGUCUUUGGAGGGGAUUUCCGACAAGUACUUCCCGUUGUCCCACGGGCGACACGACAACAAACCGUUCAUGAAAGCUUGGUAAAGUCAUACCUUUGGAAGCAAAUGGAAAAAUUACAGUUGAAAAAAAAUAUGCGAGCUCAGAAUGACUACCAAUUUGCAGAGUAUUUAUUAAAGAUUGGGAAUGGAACUGAACCAUCAAUAGUUGAAGACUAUGUUCGCCUACCAAAAGAUAUUGCCAUUAUAGAUGAAGGUCAUGAAGAUUCAGUAUUAAAAUUACUAAAUAUUGUUUAUCCUGAUCUCCCACAAAAUGCAAUGUCAGCUGAAUAUAUAACAAAUAGAGCGAUUCUUUCGACCACAAAUGAGUAUGUUGAUGAGAUCAACAAUAAAAUGAUUCGCCUAUUUCUUGGAAACAUAGAAGAGUUCAUGAGUUUUGACGAGACAAUUGAUGACACACAUAGUUACUAUCAAGAAGAAUUUCUCAAUUCAUUAUUGCCCAAUGGUAUUCCUCCUCACAAAUUGAUACUAAAAAUAAAUUGUCCGAUCAUACUUUUAAGAAACUUAGAUCCAUCUAAUGGUCUAUGUAAUGGAACUAGAAUGGUUUGUCGGAAAUUUCAGAAGAACGUCAUUUAUGCAGAAAUCACAUCUGGCCAACAUGCAGGAAAACAAGUCUUCCUCCCACGUAUACCAAUGAGUCCGGCAAAUGAUGAAUGA